AUGGGUGGAAGUAGCACGACCGAUGAAUGGAAGAAAACUGCGGAUACAACAAAUAUGCGCCAAGAAGAUAUAAAGGCAGCAGGAGUAGAAGGAUCAAAAAGGCCACCAGGACAAAACCCCGGAGGAGUAUUACAUCAAAGGCGUAAUUUACCAUUUUCAAUGACUACUAUGGCCAUGGCCGGUCUUGCUAUUACAGCAGCUACAGCUUAUUUUACUUUAUAUGUCAAGAAAAAACCUGAAGCUGAUGCCGUUGAUGUCGCCAAAGUCACAACCGGAACUGCCAGUCCUGAAAAUACUCGUCCUCGACAGUAA